AUGCAGGCAUCCAAAAUCGCGUGGAAAUCCGUUCGGCUGGAUCCGAGGGAACUCGCCAUUUCAAAAGUGCUAAGAUGUGGUCAGGCUUUCAGAUGGAAACAGAUCGAUGGCAUAUGGUCUUGUUCCUUGCGAGAAAGAGUGGUUUUACUGAAGCAAGAUGACGAUUUUUUGUAUUACUCGGCAAUUUUUCCUGCAAACAAAAACCCAGAGAUUGAUGAUACUUUGGAGGUGGUCACCGACUAUUUCAACCUGAACGUUAAUCUCCAAAAUCUCUACCGACUGUGGAGUGAGCUGGAUCCCGCAUUUGAAAAAAAGGCACGCGUUUUUGGUGGCAUUAGGAUGCUCAGACAAGACCCCUGGGAGAACUUGGUAUCGUUUAUAUGUUCAACCAACAAUAAUGUCAAGAGGAUCUCAAAGAUGUGUGAUUCAUUGUGUGAGAACUAUGGUGAACGGAUUGCCACGUUCCAGGGGAUCGACCAUUAUUCGUUCCCUGGACCCGAGAAACUUCUAGACUCGGAAUCAGACCUGAGAGAGUUGGGAUUCGGUUAUCGUGCCAAGUACAUCGAAAAGACUUGUCAGAUGUUUGCUGAUGAUCCAACUUUACGGGACCAGUUAUAUGACCAGAGAAGCCCCAAAGUCUCCAGUCUUGAAGCUCACGAGUUCUUACUUCAAUUUACUGGUGUUGGGCCUAAAGUUGCAGAUUGUGUAUGCCUGAUGAGUCUUGACAAACACGAGGUUGUUCCUGUCGACACCCAUGUGUUCACUUUUGCUACCAGAGAUUAUGGCUACCGGUUUAAGGGCAAGAAAGCGGUAACACUCAGCAAGGAUGUUUACAUUGACAUCAGACACUUUUUUGAGACGUUAUGGGGUGAUCAUGCUGGCUGGGCGCAUUCAGUGUUGUUUGCAGCCGAUCUGUCCGACCUUGAAAAUGGAGUCAAUAUUAAGAGCGAAGUCACGGACGAAGUUAAGCGCGAGACCAAGAGCGAUAUCAAGAGUGAUAUCAAGAGAGAGAUCGUCGUCAAGACCGAGGACCAAGUUCUUGAGGACAAAUUGGCGCAAAGAGUGAAAUUGGAAAAAUUAGAGGAAGAUCUUGAGAAUCUUGAGACCAUUCCCAAGACCCCCAAGACUGGAAGAGGACUCAAGAGAGGCCGCGCCUUGAAAAAUAAGCAAAGUUCCAACAAAAAAGCUUUGGUUGUUUGA